AUGGAUUACGGCGGCUGCGAGUACCCGGUCCCCUGCGGCAAAGACAAAUACAUCUCCAAAAAUGAGCUUCUCUUACACUUGAAGACGUACAACAUCUACUACGAAGGGCAAAACUUACAGCUGCGGCACCGGGAGGAGGAAGGCGAACUCAUCGUGGAGGGGUCGGUGCUGAAGCCCAGCACUUUGCCGGACAUCCAGGUUACGGAUGCGGAGGCCACACCAAACACGGAGGCUCCCGGGAGCGGCACAGGAUCCGCCAAGUCGCAGCCGGAGGAGACGCCACAGCUGAUGCGGACGCGGAGCGACGUGGGGGUCCGGCGGCGGGGCAGCUCCCGCACCCCCAGCGAGCAGCGCCGCAUCCGCCGUCACCGCUUCUCCAUCAACGGGCACUUCUACAACCAUAAGACAUCCGUGUUCACACCGGCGUACGGCUCCGUCACCAACGUCCGGAUAAACAGCACGAUGACGACCCCUCAGGUCCUCAAACUGCUGCUCAAUAAAUUCAAGAUUGAAAACUCGGCAGAGGAGUUUGCGCUCUACAUCGUCCACACCAGCGGAGAGAAGCAGAAGCUGCGAGCCAGCGAUUACCCCCUCAUCGCCCGCAUCCUGCAGGGCCCCUGCGAGCAGGUCUCCAAGGUCUUCCUCAUGGAGAAGGACCAGGUGGAAGAAGUCACCUACGACGUUGCUCAGUACAUCAAAUUCGAGAUGCCUGUCCUCAGGAGCUUCAUCCAGAAGCUGGAGGAAGAGGAGGAUCGCGAAGUGAAGAAGCUCAUGCGCAAAUACUCCAUCCUCCGGCUGAUGAUCGAGCAAAGGCUGGAGGAGAUUUCCGAAGGUCCGACGGCCAUGUGA